UUUCAGACGGCCAGUGGCAAAUAAAGACAAGGUUCAACUGUCAAAUGUUUUCAAAAGCAGAUUUUUGCAAGUCCGAAGCGAUUGUAAGGACUAUAUCAUAGGACAUAUUUAAAAGAAAUUUCUUGUUUUCCGUUAGUGAUACAGUAUUUGACGUGUUUAGGUCUAUUAUUAAGCCGUCUUUAGAACACAAGUGUUUAUUUGUUGUGUCCAGGACUAAUAUCCAAAACUUUGACAUCACAUACCAGACUUCUAAAAUCUGAGGUAACAGAUACAACUGGCUUACACUGCCAGUUUCAAACAGACCUAAAUCCAGAGAUACCCGGUAUCUCAACAGAGAUGAGUCGACUUUUCGUGCCUCCGAUUAACCCCAAGUUUUUUAUCGACUUCCGAUUUCUUGAUACUUUUUGGGAUAAAGAUACUGUAUUAACAUUGCGGGCAGGAGAUGAGCCCGCAAUUCGUUUGAUGAAAUCUGCCAGUCGAUUUCUGGCCCAUGAAAGCGGAUUUAACCCAUGUGAUCACGUAGAGCUAUGUGCCGAUAGGGGCUACAUCUUGUGGACGAAUCCUAGAGGGUCAAUCGAGGUUAGAUUCAAGUACGGAAAGACUGGCGACGAUUUCAAAUGCUUAGUAGACCCUCAGCAGAUGGGAAUUAAGAUCUACCAGCUGAAGGGCUACCGUAAGGAGAUGAUAAUAGACGGCAAACAGCCGAUGUGCGACAACACGAAUAAACAUCGGAUGAAAGACAGUCCAAUGAGACAAGGACAGAAUAACUUCGAAUUUAAUUCGCACGACGGAGAAGUACGAUUAAUUCUCGAGAUGAACAGGGACCAUGAUUCCAUUAAGCCACAUGCAUUCAAACUAAACUAUGUCCUGACAUUGUAAGGUGUCACAAUGGUUACGAGCGUCGGGGAGGGGAAAGGCUACGGUUUGUUUCGUACAAAGGUACUCCGUUGAGCUUAUAAUUAUCGAGAUUUUCGAACCGCGCCAUUGACGGGCAAUGUAAAUACAUAACGCUACACACCAAUUAUGGUAUUAAGCAUGCCCUUUUUCUUUGAUUCAUCGAACACCUAUGUAAUGAUCAAUUGUUAAAACUUAUAUUCCAAAUCGUAUAAUUGAAUGUUGUUAUAGUGUUAUGUUUAUUGUAUUUAAGCAUGGAUUUUUCUUUUGAUUCAUCUACUGGAUAUACGGUAGCAUCUUUGUAAAUAAUUAAUGGUCUAUAGGCCAAAUCGUAUAAUUUAAUGUUGUAUUAAAGAUAGUAAAUGUAUCAAUUUGUAUAUUGUUUUAACCUCAUUGCCUACUGUAUGUUUAAAAUAUUUAAUAAAAUAUAUAAAAUGUGAAA